AAUCGUUUGCCGGUGGACCCGCCCUCACAUUCAGUCUCCAUGUCAACGGCUCAAACGACGACAUCCGUGUCUGCCCCCUCCACGAGCAGUAAUUAUUCAGUGCCGUCAUCAGCUACUGCUCCUCUCCUUUUGGCUUCAGAGGGAGCCAAAUUACCAACAGAGGGUUGUCGCAAACGACCGGCAACAAGUCUGGCCAUUUCUCGAGCAAACAAAAAUCUUGGAACGUCGACAGACCCCUCGAGUGUAGAUGGUCUCAGUCCUCGCGAACAGCGAGCUCUUCGGAGGAAGGAGAAAUCCCGACUGGCAGCGAAGCUGCGCCGAAAUCAGGAGAGUGACAUCCUCUCUUGCUUACUCAGGGCUCUACCCGUAUCUCUAGAAAAUUCUCAACAAGCAACAACCGAAAUCAAGUCAGUUAGCUCUAAUAGCAACGGCCUCAAUUUAGAAAAGUCCGGAGUUAUUCGCAUGGCUGGACAAACUCUCUUUCUAUACAAUUCUCUUGCACAUGUUUUGGGAAAUAAGGAGGUGCCGCUUAUCAGUUUGCUCAGCAAAUCGCUUUACGGUCUCCUGGUGCAUCCAACUGACUCCACUGUAGUCUACGCAACGCCGCCACUCGCGGAAGCACUCAACUGGCCUUGGAUAAAUCUUAUUGGAAUUAAUCUCCAAAGCCUAACUGAUGAUGGCAAACUUCCGACUGCGUCAGGGCAAACCGUGUGCCUUCGUUUGCUUGAACAGCCAAGCUCACCUACCAAGAGUUCCUUUCUGUCUACCAACCGACCAGCCACGCCCCUCUCCCCUUCCCAUUCGCCCUCCAGUUCCCCCUUCAGCCCCACUCCCCCUUCCGACCAGACCUCCUCACCCCUGUGGUCACCGCAUCUUUAUCGCAGCAGCAAAAGUGGAGGGGGAGGUUGCGGUUCACAACCCCAAGGCGUCUCAUCAGGCGGCAAAGCAGUUUCGCAUCUAGUACGUCAGCUGUUGCUCUGUGAAGACCCGAUGUUGACGAAUUUCGUUGACAGCCGGUGUGUUUGCACGGAGGUGAUUUCACACCAACUGACGAGCCACGACCCAGCGGCCCACGCACUGCCUACUCAACGUCUCCAGUUGCACACCGCUACAACUGGAGACAAGGCACGAUCGAGAUCGCAAAAGAGGGCGCUGCACGCGACAACUUUGAACCAGCUUGGCUACCCCACCCGACGACCGGUCGUCUUACUGUUUCAUACCUUAAAAUUCGAUUUGAUAAAAAACACUUCAUUUCAGAUUUGCUCGUGUUUUGCGAUUCUGAAAGUACCAAUUUCAUCACCCGGAGAGCCGAGGCUCCCACCUACCUCUUCAUGCUUGUUAGAUGCCCCUUCGGAUGCAAAUUCGACCGCUUCUGUUAGCCAUCUUCUACUCUACCUGCUGCAACCCACUCCAAAUAUCGCCAUUGGUAGGGAAAAUGUUGAAUGCUCAGCUAAAAUAUCGCCAGUCCUUCCGUCGGCGUCGUUUCACAGGAACAAGGAACGGUAUUUCCUUAAUAGGCAACGACGUCUAUUGCUGCAGAGUCCGCCACAACCGACCAACGGUGGUCGAUCAGGCUGCCAACGAGAUUUCUUUGUCACCAUCCUCGAUCGUGUCUUGAGUGUGAAGUGGGUCGAGAAUGGGGAUGCAAGCAAGACCUGCAAUUUCGCAUCAAUGAUUGGCCAUUCCUACCUUGACUUCAUUGCAAUCCAGGAUCUGCCAAAAGUGAGCAGUCUACUUACUGAGUGUUUACAACGAAAAUCCCCUGUAUGGACGUCAGCCUAUCGUUUAAGACUUCCAGUGUCCUCAUCUACUGGUACUACAGUCUCAUAUAGCCAGUCGAAGUUCGUUUGGGUUAGGUCACUCUUCUCUACGUCAAAUGCGUUUGGUGCGACCAUCAGGUGCCUGCACCAGCCCAUUGGAGAUGUUCAAUCCCACGGUGUCGAAGCUUACCUUCAAACGAAACCUCACUCAAAUUUCACAAGCCUCUCACAAUUCGCCAGAGAGGAACCUCGACAUCUUAUCGGGAAUUCGCGCCAACGCUUGCUAGCUAGUCACCCAACCACUGCCAAUCUGCCAGUUAAGCGACCAAUCAGAGUGCUGAAAAUACAACCUUAUUUCCAGCCGCAUCAUCAAGAAAUGAAACCACAGCAACAGAACAAACAGGUGACAACUCUCACCUCAAUGUCAGCUAAUCUUACUGUCAAUACUGGACCUUACCUAACCCCCCUGGCAGCUGCUUCAUCAAGGGACACUUCUGUUGUCUACGAGACCACCACGGCCCUAACACCCCAGCCACUUGUUCCGACGCCAUGGCUGGUCUACACUCGGAGUCUAAGCGCGCCUCAGCCGACCCUGGCCAAGUCACCUGCACCGCUUGUCCAAACUCGGUCUCUUAAUGUCUUUUUGGCAGGCGACUUAAACGAGGUGUCUGAUUUGCCUCCUAUGCAACGUUGCCCCAGUCCCGCAAGAAGCCCUGUGGAAUCACAGCAAAUCGAUAAAUUGCCAGAUUCGCCUUCUGACAUAUCUCUGAAUCUGCCAGACAUGUUGCAGGAACUGGGUCCCGAAACACUUGCCAUGCUCGAGGAAAAUGACGAUGCCAAGUCGGACUCCCUAUUGACCAAUCUCAGUUUCGAUGAUAUUCUCUCUUCUAUAAGCAUUAGCACAAAGGCCAGUGAUUGUCACCACGACAAACACUCUCUGACUCCUCUAACAGGCUCCCUGUCCUCCACCGACUCCUCUCCCCCCUCGCUGCCCGAGAGUUUCGCCUCCUCUUAUUCCUGUUCGACCACUUACUCCUCCAAUUUGGCAUCAAAAAUUAGUCAGCAGUUACAAAUCCAGUCUCAGCAGCUCCAACGCGAACCGUCUCUCUUUAAUGACAUGGAACUCGACUCCGAUUUGCCUUCUGACACCGAUGAGUUUUGGGAUGCACUUGUGUCGAAUGUCAUGAAUCUUCCUCUUGAUACGACAAACCUCCCAAUGGAUGUCCGAUAG